AUGGCUCAACAUGGUUUUAGUAUGUAUUCUAAACUGGUCGAUGCUAUAGAUGGUGGUAAUUGGGUGUGGCCUGAAGCUUGGAGGAAUUUAUUCCCGGUAUUAUUUCAGCUCCAACCUGUUACUUUAUCGGCUAAUGUUCAAGAUAGAAUUUUGUGGAUGAAUUCAGAAGGUAAUUUGGUCUCUUUUGAGUCUAAAGAGGUGUGGGCUGUUAUUAGAACUCGGGGGCAUUCUGUUGAAUGGUCGAAUAUUGUUUGGUCUCGGUUUAAUAUUCCAAAACAUGCGUUUAUUAGUUGGCUGAUUUUGAAGAGGAAGCUAUGGACUCAAGACAGAAUCCUUCACUGGAAUCAUACUGUAACGGGUUCUAUCAAUCAAAUGUGUUGCCUCCUUUGUUUUGCAGGUAUUGAAACGAUUGAUCACCUGUUUUUUGAGUGCAAAUACUCAAAGAUGGUGUGGUAUAAAGUUCGCGAGAAAGGAGACAUGUCCCGAGUCAGUGAAAAAUGGGACGACAUAAUGCAAUGGUUGGUUCCUAUAGCUACUCGACGAUCUAUUGAGGCGGUAACGAAUAAACUUCUAGUUGCAGCGUCGGCUUAUUUCAUUUGGAUGGAAAGGAAUGCAAGAUUUUUCAACAACCAACUAAGACCGCCGGAAAAAAUUGUGGAGCUUAUUUUGCAUACGGUUCGAACCAAAUUGCUAUCCUUCAAGUAUAAAGCCAGCGCUAAUGUCAACCGGUUUUUGGAGAAGUGGAACGUGCAUGGAGUAGAGACCUUUGAUGACCAUUGUUAG